CCGCUCCCGACCCCGCCCACCUGGCCCGGGCCCUGGUCCUUCGUGGGCCGCCUUCGGCCGCCAUGGGCUCGGAGAUGGAGCCGCUGCUCCUCGCCUGGAGCUAUUUUAGGCGCAGGAAGUUCCAGCUCUGCGCAGAUCUGUGCACGCAGAUGCUGGAGAAGUCCCCUUACGACCAGGAACCAGAUCCUGAAUUGCCAGUGUCUCAGGCAGCUUGGAUUUUAAAGGCACGAGCACUAACUGAAAUGGUAUACAUAGAUGAAAUUGAUGUAAAUCAGGAAGGAAUUGCAGAAAUGAUGCUGGAUGAAAAUGCUAUUGCUCAAGUUCCACGCCCUGGCACAUCUUUGAAACUCCCUGGAACUAAUCAGACGGGAGGGCCUAGUCCGGCUAUCAGGCCAAUCACUCAAGCUGGAAGACCCAUUACAGGUUUCCUUAGACCUGGCACACAGAGCGGAAGGCCUGGCACUAUGGAGCAGGCCAUCAGAACUCCCAGAACUGCCUACACAGCUCGCCCCAUCACCAGCUCAUCUGGAAGAUUUGUCAGGCUGGGAACGGCUUCCAUGCUUACAAGUCCUGAUGGACCUUUUAUAAACUUAUCUAGACUGAAUUUAACAAAAUAUGCCCAGAAACCUAAACUGGCAAAGGCUUUGUUCGAGUAUAUCUUUCAUCAUGAAAAUGAUGUUAAGACCGCUUUGGACUUGGCUGCCCUUUCCACAGAGCACUCUCAGUACAAGGACUGGUGGUGGAAAGUGCAGAUUGGAAAAUGUUACUUCAGGUUAGGAAUGUAUCGUGAAGCAGAAAAACAGUUUAAAUCAGCCCUGAAGCAGCAGGAAAUGGUAGAUACAUUUCUCUACUUGGCAAAAGUUUAUGUCUCAUUGGACCAACCAGUGACGGCUUUAAAUAUUUUCAAACAAGGCCUAGAUAAGUUUCCAGGAGAAGUAACCUUACUUUGUGGAAUUGCCAGGAUCUAUGAGGAAAUGAACAAUAUUUCAUCAGCAGCAGAAUACUACAAAGAAGUUCUGAAACAGGACAAUACUCAUGUGGAAGCCAUUGCCUGCAUUGGAAGCAACCACUUUUAUUCCGAUCAACCAGAAAUAGCUCUGCGAUUUUACAGGCGACUCCUGCAGAUGGGUGUUUAUAACUGCCAGCUUUUUAACAAUCUGGGACUCUGCUGCUUCUAUGCCCAGCAGUAUGAUAUGACUCUGACCUCGUUUGAGCGUGCCCUUGCUCUGGCUGAAAACGAAGAAGAGGCAGCUGAUGUCUGGUACAACCUGGGCCACGUAGCUGUGGGCAUUGGAGACAUGAACUUGGCCCAUCAGUGCUUCCGGCUUGCUCUGGUCAACAACAACAACCACGCCGAGGCCUACAACAACCUGGCCGUGCUGGAGAUGCGGAAGGGCCACGUUGAGCAGGCAAGAGCACUGUUACAAACCGCGUCAUCCUUGGGACCCCAUAUGUAUGAGCCACAUUUUAAUUUUGCGACGGUCUCUGACAAGAUUGGAGAUCUGCAGAGAAGCUAUGUUGCUGCUCAAAAGUCAGAAGCAGCAUUUCCAGAUCAUGUGGAUACCCAACACUUAAUUAAACAGCUAAAGCAGCAUUUUGCUAUGCUCUGACUGUCCCACAGACCAAGUAUAUUCUCGGGCAUAGGAUAUAUAUGAGGGGGCAUUACACAAUGGGAAAAGUAGUAUGUUUAUAUAUAUAUAUAUAUAUAUAUAUAUAUAUAUAUAUAUAUAUAUGCAUGCUAUACAGACCUGUGCUUAAUACUAGUGAAGAAGACGUAUUGGAGUUUAUAUAAGAAUUCAUAAGCAAACUUAUUAAUAAUAACUUGUAUAGUAUUAUAAAAGAUAGGAUUUAAUGUUUGUAAAUAGAUCGUGAAAACUUCUCCCACAUUAUAUGGUAGAUGUUUAUAAAAAUGUUUACAAAACAUUUUCAUGAAUUUCCUCGAAUUUUUACAAUGCAUAUUUUUAAUGUUAAGCUGGCCAUUAGCUAACAUGUAGCUUCAGAGGUCUGAAGUCACCAUAAAGAUCACAGUUCUUUGGGUAAAAAUGUGUAUAUUCAUCCCAGUUAGAGACUUUAUUUAGAACUUAAAAAUUGUAUUUAAAACUGUUUCUCAAAGGCUUUACAAGACACUACACAUUUUCUUAUAUAUUAUGCUUUAAAAUAAAUCAGUGUGUAAUACACCAA